AUGCUGUUCAGGGGAAAUGAGUAUGAAAUCUCUGAAACUGUGGAGAAGGCUUGGGAAGAUAUUGAAGAAUGGCAGUGCAGAGAGGAGGCGAAAGUGGAAGUGGUUAAAAAAACCACAACAGAGAAACCAGAUAGGAAAUGGCUACCACCAGCACCAACUUGGCUUAAAUGCAAUACAGAUGGCUCUUGGGAGAAGGAGACAGAUCAAGGUGGUGCAGGUUGGAUAACGAGGGAUCACACCGGGAGUCUGUUGUGGGCGGGGGCAAAGAAAAUGGUAGGGAUGGGAUCGGCACUGGAUUCAGAGGCUGAAGCAUUAAAAUGGGCUAUCUGCACGAUGAAUGGGUUCAGGUAUAAAAGAGUAAUCUUCGAGACUGACUCUCUUGUGCUGCAGAAGAUGAUACGAGGUGAAGAAGAGGUCUGGCCGAGAAUGAGACCCAUUAUCCAGGAUAUUCAGUCCGUUCUGUCCCGCCAGAGUGAGUAUGUGGUGGAGUACUAUCCCCGAAGUGGUAACAAAGUUGCAGAUAGAAUAGCGAAGGAGACUGCUGCGUUUACGUCCAUUGUCCCUAAGCUGUAUUCUAUUGUGCCUGUUUGGUUGAAUCCCUGUAUGGAGGCUGAGAAGCUUUUGUAA